AUGGACUCUCAAGUCACGCUAUGGCACAGGUCUCCACAAAACCGGUUCGAAGAUGUUGAUGUGCUAGGCGAGACGGUUGAAGAUGUCCACUUUUCGCGAGAUGGGGACCACCUCGUCAUUCAAACAAGUUCGUCUGGCGCGCCUAGGGUUAUUCCUGUAUCUGUUCCGUACCAAGGACAGACAGCGUCUUCCGCCAGGGGACAAGUAGAGGAUCUGACAGCACAAAACAGUGCGCUCUCCAAAAAGCCUUCUUCAGCUCCCAUUAUCAAUUUGCCCGAACACUCGUCCUCCGGCGUUUUUAAGUCUGGAACCUCCAUCGCCGAGGAUGGGGGAGCUAGUGGUUUGGCUAUGGUCCACAGUGGCACACAGAUAACGAUUCGAAAGUGGUCUAGAGAAGAUGCAGCUUCCUCUCAGGAUGCCAAAGAAGAGGUAUUACAGCUGACGAGACUACCGGGGACGAUGUCUUCCGGCUCUGCUGCAGUCAGUGUGCCGCGUCCAGGAGAGGACCAAGUUCACGUAGUGAUAAACAAAAAUGCGCGGCAGUGGGACGACAUGGUCCAAGACGUGGAUGUACACCUCCCAGCACUGGUAUCAAGAGAUAUAGGAGAUCUGAAGAUUGAAGAUAGCUCUGGGAGCUCGAAACGGCUUCGUGAUGCUGGUCGGGUCGCUAUUGGGAAGUAG